AUGGAGUGUCCCGAGACCUUCAUGAGAAAGGUGCCGAUCACACCAGGCUACAGCGGUUUCGUGCCAUGGCUCAGCUGCCAGGAAACCUCCAGCGAAGACCACAUGAAUCCAUGUGUGCAAGCCUUCCAGGAGAGAACCCAGCGAUACAAAGACCAGAUGCAGGAACUAAACUGCUUAGUGGCCAACGCCCCAAAACUGAAGCCCAUCUGUUCGGAGGACACAGUCCUGCGGGUACUGCAUGAGUAUGCCCGGAAGUACCACCCCUUGACUCUAGAAUGCAAGUACAUCAAGAAACCUCUCCAUGAGCCCCCCAUCCCAGGCUGGGCAGGAUACCUACCCAGAGCCAGGGUCACUGAAUUAGGCUGUGCUACAAGGUACACGGUCACAGCCCAGAAGUGCUACAUGGACUUCCUGGACCUCGUGGAGCGGGCCAAGAGGGCACAACUGAAGCCAUAUGAGUUGAAUACGUAUGGGGUCAGCUCCGCUCAGCCUCCUGAUCCUUCUCCAAAAGUUUCACAGCAACAAGGGCUCCCGUCUACCUACCCCGAUUUCUCUGUACCAGGUAGAAGCUGCCCUUCUCUUGGAAGAUCCCCGAGUGAGGACCAAAAAGCUCCGAAGCCAUGUGGCUGUGCUCAGUGGCCGAAUGUGUCCUGCAACCGGAACUUUCUAGAGCCACGGACCUCUGCAGAGAACUAG